UACUGAUCACAAAACACUCCUGGUUCCUGCAGCCUGGGACAGAUGGACAGAGACAUACAGACAGACUUCCAAGCCAACUAGAGGAGAGCCACGAUGAACCUUCUUCCUUUCUUCUCCAUCGAAACCUGGAUCCUCUUGCUUCUUUUUGUAGCCCUCCUGAUAGUAUAUGGAACAUGGCCAUUUGGGCUGUUCAAGAAGCUGGGCAUUCCUGGGCCAAGACCUCUGCCUUUCUUUGGGACGUGCCUGGAAUACCGCAAAGGCUUCUUGGAAUUUGACACUGAGUGCUUCAAGAAGUAUGGGAAAAUCUGGGGGAUUUAUGAUGGCAGGCAGCCUGCAGUUGCUGUCAUGGACCCCCAGAUCAUCAAAACCGUGCUGGUGAAAGAGUGCUACUCCACUUUCACCAACCGCAGGCACAUGGAUCUAGCAGGGGUGCUGAGAAAUGCUGUCUCAUUAGCUGAAGACGAUCAGUGGAAAAGGCUCCGUACUGUGCUCUCUCCAACCUUCACCAGUGGGAAGCUAAAGGAGAUGUUUCCUACAAUGACACACUUUGGCGAGAUGUUGGUGAAAAAUGUUCAAAAGAGGGUGGAAAAGAACAGCUCUGUCCCUGUGAAGGACUUCUUUGGAAGCUACAGCAUGGACGUAGUCACCAGCACUUCCUUCGGUGUGAACAUCGACUCCAUGAACAACCCCAAAAGCCCCUUCGUCAGAGAGAUGCAGAAACUGACCAAGUUUGAAUUUUUUGAUCCAGUCUUCAUCUUGUCAUUUGUAUGCCCAUUCCUUACCCCUCUUAUGGCCAAGAUGAACAUCAGCCUUUUCCCCAGUGAUGCUGUAGAUUUCUUCCUGAGGUCUAUUGACAAAAUUAAGAAGGAUCGUGAAAGGGAGACUCACAAGGGCAGGGUAGAUUUUCUGCAGAUGAUGAUUGAAUCCCAGAAAUCAGACAGCAACGGGAAGAACUCACAUAAAGCCCUGAGUGACAUAGAGGUCCUGUCACAAGCAUUCAUCUUCAUUUUUGCUGGGUAUGAGCCCACCAGUAACACACUUUGUUACUUGGCUUACCUACUGGCCUUACAUCCUGACGUACAGCAGAAGGUGGUGAAUGAAAUAGAUACUGUUCUACCCAACAAGGCUCCGCUCACAUAUGAAGCGAUAAUGCAGCUGGAUUACCUUGACAUGGCCGUGAAUGAAACCCUCCGGCUCUACCCCCUCGGAGGACGGAUUGAGAGAAACUGCAAGAAAGAUGUGGAAAUAAACGGGGUGACCAUUCCAAAAGACACCAUUGUUUUCAUCCCACCUCACACCCUGCACCGCAACUCUGAGUACUGGCCAAACCCAGAUGAAUUCAGACCAGAAAGGUUCAGUAAGGAAAACAAGGACAACAUAGACCCAUACACAUACCUGCCUUUUGGAGCUGGUCCCAGGAACUGCAUUGGGAUGCGAUUUGCUCUUCUGACUCUGAAAGUUGCCAUCACUGCCAUAUUGCAGCACUUCACCUUCCAGGUCUGCAAAGAAACUCAGAUCCCUCUCAAGCUGCUCUCGAUGGGACUCAUGACCCCAGAGAAGCCCAUUGUUCUCAAGUUAGUCCCUCGGACCAACAAUGCUAAGGCAUAGAACCCAACUGCGUCCUGCUGCAGUCUCAUGAGCCCUAUGCUAACAAAGGGGUCACACAUCGCAGGAAAACUCUCAUACGUGUGCAGACACAGAAGUGCAACUUAGCUAAUUCUGGAAGCAAUUACUACAUAUUUACCAAAUAACACAGCUGUCAGAAAUGUAACGUGGAUCACUGGGCAGUGGCAAUACACAGCCCCCUUCAUUUGAUUGCAGAAAUUGAGAAAUAAAUCUAAAUGAGAAGCUGAUCAUCCACUCCCUUCUAAGGGGACUCCUCCAUCUGGAAAGAAGGAAUUAUUGUUGCAUCCAAGAGAAACAAGGUGUGAUGGAAACGCAAAUUGCUAGACCUCGCUGGGCAGGGAUGGGUGACUUUCUUCUUGGUGUAUUGAUGCUUGAAAUUUUCUGUGUUAUAAUUGAGCCGACUGGUGUGCGACUAUAUCCUAGUUACCAAUCCUCUCCUGUGCCAUGUGUUAAUUAAACUAAAGUAUGUACAAAUACUGUCAUUAAAAAUGUUUGAGAGCUGCUCUGUGUUGUGUAUAG